AUGAUGAAUGAAUUCUUUUAUAGAAUUUGUUUUUAAACUUUAAGAACUCUGUGUGAAUUAAAACUAAUUACCAAUUAAGAAAAAUUAUAUCUUAAAGAAAUAGUAGUACAAAACUAAUUUGAAAUUCCAGAAAAUUUAGAUGCUAAUUAGCUCUCCUUAUUUUUUUUGUUUUAAAUAAAAUAAUACAGGAGAGAAUUAUAAAUAAAAAAUAGCGAACUUUUAAUUAUAGAUGAAGAGACUGAUGAAGAAUAGGUAUGA